GUUACAAAUUAAAAGUUUGUGACCGUUUUAUACUAAGUGCAAAGGUUUGUUACCAUUUAUGCUAAUUACCCAAUAACGCUGCCCUAUUGCGUGCGGAGAAGAAAUCGCUGCAAGCGCUUCGGCGGGAGGAAGCAGCACCUAUCCGGCGCGGUGGCAGUAAAAGCGGCGAGGAAGCGGUUUCUGUGGGGGUGAAAUUUGAAAAAAACUCCUAAACAUCUACAUCUGAUCGGGCCGCUGUGUAGCUGCCGUCAUCUCUUACUCUAUCAGUCCGCCUUCUUGCCUCUCACUUGCCACUAGUAGUUCGCUGGAGCGUCUGCAUCUCGCCGGCCACCUCUGUAUCUCGCCGGUGGGCUUAUCUGUUGGUCUGGCAGUUGGGCAAUCUUCAGUAGCUGAUGAAAUGUCCAAACUGAUUAAGAGACCUAAGCUCGAGGCAGGUAUCUGUUAUGACCCAGAUGAUCUUUCACUGGAAUUAGGAAGUUCGGUUGAUAUAUUGGUCGCAAGGCGGGUAGGUUUAUGGACCACAUCACAACCACUAAGGGAUUUACGCUGGAGCUCCUCAGCUAUCUAGUAAGUUGUAGUGUUAUUUCUCAGUUUGGUCUCUACCACUUCCAACUGCUCUCUUCAAGUUUAUCAUUUUGGUUAGAAUGUCUGGUUCUAGUGUGCUUGGUCAGUUGCGACUACCAAAUCGAAGCUGGUUUGUACCAGUAGCGGAGAUUUGACCCUUAAUUGUGAACUAGCAGGAGUUAGCUACUUUAGGUGGUUGAUGAAACUUAUAGAUUCUCAGGGAGGCAUACCAGUCUUGGCUUCCUACUGUUCUUAGCCUGACUCGUUCUGAUGAAGAAGUUCAUAUCCCAUGUAUUAAUAGUUUUCUUCCUUUCUGGGUUUGGUCCUUAGAGAACCAUAAGAAGAUGGUAAGUUCCACGUUCUUGUCUUGUAUUGUAUGCAAACUAGUUCGUCCUGAAGAUGUAUGCAAUUUCAUGUAAAUUUUCUUCGACGUCCUGCAUCUUUUAAGUUUUUUUUCUAUCAUUCUGGUGGAAAGUGGAAAUAAAUGCUAUUCCCUAAUUUGCCACCUCUUGUAAAUGCUAUUUCAUAUUGUAGUGACGUUGGAAAAGGGUUUAAGGGAAAACCUUAUCCCAGACUUGUGAAAUUGGUUUUAUCUGCCACAUUAACCCAAGAUCCAAGCUGAAUUGGAUUAGAAAAAAGCAGCUUGUGAUUACUAAUGGCUAAUUGUUUGGUGAAGUAGCUUUUGCUCACUGAACAAUAGUAACUAUUCCACAGUGCUAUACUGAUAUUGCGAUUGUCGAACUGAGUUUUCUUUUUUGCUCUGAUCAAAUAUUCGUCCUGAUUUAUAUUGCCACACAUAACUUCCCUAGUUAACAUGGUUGAAUGAAUAUUAAUUUUUAACCGUGAUUGUUUUGGUCAAAAAGGGAGGGAAGCCUCGUGUUGCUGACUUUGUCCAUGGUUCAGAUGGAUUGAAGAACACAUAAUUGUCAUCGCCAAAUGCAAAGAAAAGUGAGAAGAAUGCUACUGAAAUUUUAAUUGACCAGGCCUCUGAGUUCCCUGAGAAAGUAUCUGUACUUGCACUUGGACCAUUGACAAACGUGGCCUUGGUGAGUUACUUUCUUCCUUGUUUCCGUGUUUCUUUUAUAAUGACUACAAAAUCAAGAACUUGACAAUGAUGACAUCUUUUUGGACUGACAAUCAAAAGGGAUUCCUCAUUCGCUAGCAAAGUGAAAAAGUUGUAGUUCUUGAAGGAGCCUUAUUUCCUCUGGGAAAUUUAAACCCUGCUGCUCAAGCCAAUGUAAGCUACUGUCACUUGUCUUUCUGAAACCGAGUGGUUAUCAAGUUAUUUAGCAUUUUCUCUGACAUUCAGAUAUAUGGAGAUCCAGAAGCAGCAGACGCUGUAUUUACAUCUGGGGCAGACAUUGUUAUAGUGGGAAUUAAUAUGACUACUCAAGUUAAAUUGACGGAUGCCGACCUUACUGAGUUGAGGGAGUCGAAAAGGAAGUAUGCUCAAGUAAUAUGCAAUAUGUGCAAGUUUUACAGAGAUUGGCAUAUUGCAGUUCCAUUCGGUGGAGGGCGAUUCCAAUUCUGCAGUUCAGUAGGGUGUAACAUGCCCGUGUUAGAGGCCAACGGUAAAAUCUGAUAAUCUCUUAGGGUUUGUUUUAAUCGUAGCUGUAUUCUCAAAGUUGCAUAGACUUUCCAGAUUUCCAUGAUGAUAGCAAAAUAGGAAAGUAAACUAUCUAUUGGUAUGAUGGAUUUCGUUAACUUAUCUCCUAUAUUGCUCAUCUUAGCUUGUUUCAUAGCUUAUGAUGUAAUGUACCUUUUGGGUUGAUGCACCGUAUAAAUCCCACAAACGUGUGAAGAUCCCGUUUCAUUUAGAUCACAUCUUUUUUCCCAGAGGGGAUCCACAUCUCACCUAAUUGAUGCGCAAGUCUUCCCCUCACAAACUACAUAGAUUGUUUCUUUAAACUUGCAGCUUUCAUGAACUACCAUAGGCAAACAAAAACUCUCAUUCAAAAGACACCUACCAUAAACAUACGCCACCGUUGUUUAGACUUUCGAUUGGUAAGCUCAUCAAAGAUUAAUAAUGCAAGUCAGACCUUCUUACUGUCCUCCAUUUCCCUCUGUUGGCUUCUCCUUACCUCAAUUUGAAUACCUGCACCUUCCAGGUUUCUAUUCCUUUGUUGCAGUCUCUGUUGACACCUUAAUGGUUGGUCAUGUUUGAUUUUCUCUUUUCCAUCAUAUCCUCUGUUGACACCUUUGUUGCAGUCUCUGUUGACACUAGAUUUUGUGCCUUGUUGAAACUCACUUCCUGUUGUCUAUGCUGAUUUCUUUGUUUGCACAGCUCCAGCAACUAGAGUUGUAGGAACAUAGAGUGGAAGAGAGAGGAAUUGGUGGCUGAGUGGAGUGCAACAGUUGUCCCGUUUGCUAUGCUUUGAAACCCACCGAAGCAACAUUGGAACCAACUCUGCUUACCAAGGAGAGCAAUGUUGUUGAAUUUCCAGGAAUCCAUCGAAGUUGCCAGCCCCAGGUGCUUGAAACCUGGCUCUGCUUAUCUAGGAUGAAGGUUAAUUCUUCUCCCAGAAAUCAAGUACAACAUGUAGAAUGUGAAUUUGUGGUGAACAAGUUGCUUUAUGUGUGUUUUAAUUUUUAAAUAGCGAGGGUUAAUUUUUUUUUUUUUUUUUCCAUUUUCAUGGCAUGUCAUAUGGUUAGAUGAUCUCAGACUCAUAUGGUUUAGAGGUUUGUUCCAUAUUGCGUCUAUGUUUAGCUUUAUUUGUUUAGGAGAUGGAUGGGCCGGGGGAGGAAAGAAAGAGGGACGGGUGGUUUAUUGCCUUAUUGGACCUUUUUUGCAUGGUUUCAACAAGACAAGAAGAGCCUCUUUAUCUUGGGCCCAAUCCCUUCAUUUCGCAGAUCGAAUUUGACACCGACCGGCCUUAAUUACGGCGGGUAGGUGGCGGGUGAUGGAGUAAUAAGGGAGAAGAGAAGGAGAAGAGAUCACACGGGAUGGGAAACAGUAACAGAAGAAUGCGUUGUCGUCUCGUCUCGGCAGUAUCAAAACUGCAACUCGAAAGCAUGAAUGCACCUCGACAUCUGCCUGCAACGCCGUCUACGGACUCUCGUCGUCCACCAUCCAAUUAUAACUCCCCUCCCCUCCAACAGCGGGAGACCGUAAUAAUUAAUAAAUUAAUUAAUGAAUU